UUUCGAAACUUUCUGAGUUCAAAACUUUAUUGAGUAUGAAACAAGUGACUUAUCCAUCCGAAGCUAGUCACCAUUUGUUGUUAAUUGUCACUCUCACUGCCCUUAAAUUUCCCACUGAAGAGGGUAAUGGCCAGCCAAUUACAAAGUAUGCAAAAGGAAUCAUACUCAUCGCCCUCUUUCUCUCUAGAAAUGACAGUGGGCACGCGCACAAGUUACCUGUUGGGGGAAGGGAGAAUCUCAGAUCCGGCCCAUGGCCUCAUCAUCGUCAAUUAAUUUCAUCCACAUAAGGGGGGAAUGUGUUUUUGCUCGCCCUGGCUGUUAAUCGGUCGCCAUUUGUCCCUAUCUGUGAGUAGAAAAAGAUUCAGUGAUAUUUGAUGAGCAACAAAAUCAAAUUACUCGGGAAAGCAGAGCUGCAUUCAAGCUCAGCUAAAUAGACAUUUACAGGUCGAGAAGAGUAGUAAUCUUUGUGAACAAGAUUUUGCCUAAUUCGUCACCAGACAGUGGAAUAUUUUUCUUCAGAUUUUCAUGGGGUGAAGCUGGUUGUGCCGGUGAGGUCUUUAUUCCGGAUUUGCCUCGGCAAUCUCCACCGGCUCGCAAAACGAUUUCCCAGGAAAAUACCCAUACCCAGAUUCUCUACCGAACGACACCUAUUUCUUUUGUUUUGGCGACUUGGCAUCGCCAGAUGGUGAAAUGCCCUUCUCGCGAUCUAAUCUCUCUUGCCUGAACAUUCAUUCCACUCACCAACUCGCCGAUUUCAGCCACCUUCUUCUCCUGAAUAUUGUUCUCUAUUAUGGGUAUGAACCUUUUCUCCAGUGAAAUCUCUGCUUUGUGGUCACCGACUGCCCAAAACCAUCUUCCGGGUGCAUUUCGAGGCUUACCCACGUUGGAACUAGCAUCAAUCUGCAUUAAUCAGACGUUGUUCCUCGUGUUUCUUUUCAUCGUAUCGGCGCGACGGAUAUCUCUUUGUCUUGGCCGAAUUCGAAUUUCUAAGGAGGAUUCGAAUACGAAUUCGCUCCCAAUUCGGCGCGGUGUUGAAGGCGAAAUUCGCAGUAUUGGUACUGGGUAUAAAUUCUCAGUGGUUUGUUGCUUCUAUGUUUUGUUUCUGCAGUUACUUGUCUUAGUAAUUGAUUGUGUUGGUUUGAUAAGAGAUGCUUCACACGGGGAGGAUACGAAUUGGGUCCUUAUAAUUUUGCCUGCUUCCCAGAGUUUGGCUUGGUUUGUUCUAAGCCUUUCAGCCCUUCACUGUAAAGUCAAGGCCUCAGAGAAAUACCCAUUGUUGUUGAGGGUGUGGUGGAUUGUGUCUUUUCUCAUUUGUUUGUCUACUUUGUAUGCUGAUGGGAAACAAUUUUUGACAGAAGGUUCAAAGCACUUGACAUCUCAUGUUUUGGUCAACUUGGCUGCCACUCCAGCCCUUGCUUUCCUGUGUUUCGUUGCGGUUAGUGGUGGCACUGGCAUACAAGUAUGUCAGAACGCUGAUCUUCAAGAGCCAUUGCUUGUCGAAGAAGAACCUGGGUGCCUUAAGGUUACCCCUUAUAGUGAAGCAGGGUUAUUUAGUUUAGUAACAUUUUCCUGGUUGAACCCAUUGCUUUCGGUUGGUGCAAAGAGACCGCUCGAACUAAAGGACAUUCCACUUCUUGCACCAAAAGAUCGUUCCAAGGCCAAUUAUAAGAUUUUGAAUGCAAAUUGGGAGAAGUUGAAGGCAGAAAAUCCUCAGCAGCCUUCUUUAGCUUGGGCUAUUCUCAAGUCUUUCUGGAAGGAGGCAGCCUGCAAUGCCAUUUUUGCAGGCUUGAAUACCCUCGUUUCUUAUGUAGGUCCAUGUAUGAUUAGCUACUUUGUAGAGUACUUGGGGGGACGUGAGACCAUCCCACACGAAGGUUAUGUUCUUGCUGGAAUAUUCUUCUCAGCAAAGUUGGUUGAAACCAUUACAACUCGGCAAUGGUAUCUGGGGGUGGAUAUUUUAGGCAUGCAUGUGAGGUCGGCUCUAACAGCAAUGGUGUAUCGGAAGGGACUGCGGCUGUCAAGCUUGGCCAGACAAAGUCACACCAGUGGGGAGAUAGUUAACUACAUGGCAGUUGAUGUUCAGAGAGUGGGGGACUACUCUUGGUAUCUCCAUGACAUUUGGAUGCUGCCUAUGCAAAUCAUUCUUGCUCUUGCCAUUCUGUAUAAGAAUGUUGGGGUUGCUUCUGUUGCAACCUUGAUUGCAACCAUUAUCUCCAUUGUUGUGACUAUCCCAUUGGCAAGAAUUCAGGAAGAUUAUCAAGACAAAUUAAUGUCUGCCAAGGAUGACAGGAUGAGGAAAACUGCCGAGUGUCUCAGGAACAUGAGGAUUCUCAAGCUUCAAGCUUGGGAGGAUAGAUACCGGGUGAAGCUGGAGGAAAUGCGGAAUGUGGAAUUUAAGUGGCUUCGUAAAGCUCUUUACUCACAGGCUUUCAUUACAUUCAUUUUUUGGAGCUCUCCUAUUUUUGUUGCAGCUGUCACCUUUGCUACUGCCAUAUUAUUGGGUGAUGAGCUUACAGCAGGUGGUGUUCUUUCUGCUCUGGCCACUUUCAGGAUCCUUCAGGAACCUCUAAGGAAUUUUCCUGAUCUGGUGUCUAUGAUGGCUCAGACCAAAGUGUCUCUAGAUCGGAUUUCUGGAUUCCUGCUGGAGGAAGAGUUGCAGGAGGAUGCAACUAUUGUUAUGCCAAGAGGCUUCACGAAUGUGGCAAUAGAAAUUAAGGAUGGGGAGUUCUGCUGGGACCCUUCUUCUCCAAAGCCAACAUUGUCAAGCAUCCAGAUGAAGGUAGAGAAGGGGAUGCGUGUGGCUGUAUGCGGUAUUGUUGGUUCUGGGAAAUCGAGCUUUCUUUCUUGCAUCCUUGGUGAGAUUCCAAAAAUCUCUGGCGAAGUGAGAAUAUGUGGUUCUGCUGCUUAUGUCUCCCAGUCAGCUUGGAUACAAUCUGGAAAUAUUGAAGAAAAUAUACUUUUUGGUAGCCCAAUGGAUAAGGCUAAGUACAAGAAUGUAAUCCAUGCUUGCUCGCUGAAAAAGGAUUUGGAGCUUUUCUCACAUGGAGAUCAGACCAUCAUUGGUGAUAGAGGCAUAAAUCUGAGUGGAGGCCAGAAGCAACGAGUGCAGCUCGCGAGGGCACUUUAUCAAGAUGCUGACAUUUAUCUACUUGAUGAUCCCUUCAGUGCUGUGGAUGCACAAACUGGAUCAGAACUAUUUAAGGAGUACAUAUUGACAGCACUAGCCACUAAGACUGUGAUUUUUGUAACCCAUCAAGUUGAAUUUCUGCCAGCUGCUGAUAUGAUACUGGUUCUUAGAGAAGGCCAUAUCAUUCAGGCUGGGAAGUAUGAAGAACUUUUGCAGGCAGGAACUGAUUUUAAAACUUUGGUUUCAGCUCAUCAUGAAGCAAUCGAAUCUAUGGAUAUCCCUAAUCACUUAUCUGAAGAGUCAGAUGGGAGCAAUCUUCAUGAUGACUCUCGGCUAUUGAGUAAAGAAUCCAAUUCAACAGGAAAUAACACAGACUGUUUGGGGAGGGAGGUACAAGAGGGUGCAUCAACUUCAGACCAGAAAGUGAUUAAAGAGAAAAAGAAAGGAAAGCGUUCAAAGAAAAAGCAGCUUGUACAGGAAGAGGAGAGGGAGAGGGGACGAGUUAGCAUGAAAGUGUACCUGUCUUACAUGGCUGCAGCAUACAAAGGCUUAUUAAUUCCUUUAAUUAUUCUUGCACAAACAUUAUUUCAAGUGCUUCAAAUAGCUAGUAAUUGGUGGAUGGCUUGGGCAAACCCACAAACUCCAGGGGACCGACCAAGAACAAGUAAUAUGGUCCUCCUGGUUGUGUACAUGGCUCUUGCCUUUGGGAGCUCUUGGUUCAUAUUUGUCCGAGCUGUACUUGUAGCUACAUUUGGUCUCGCAGCUGCACAGAAAUUGUUUGUAAAAAUGCUUACAUCUGUGUUUCGAGCACCAAUGUCCUUCUUUGACUCCACUCCUGCCGGAAGGAUCUUGAAUCGUGUGUCAGUUGAUCAAAGUGUUGUUGAUCUUGAUAUUCCUUUUAGGCUUGGUGGUUUUGCUUCGACAACAAUCCAGCUUCUUGGUAUUGUUGGUGUAAUGACCAAGGUUACAUGGCAAAUCUUACUUCUUGUUGUACCAAUGGCCAUUGCUUGCUUGUGGAUGCAGAAAUACUACAUGGCUUCUUCAAGGGAACUGGUACGCAUUGUUAGCAUCCAGAAAUCCCCAAUAAUCAAUCUUUUUGGUGAGUCCAUUGCUGGCGCAGCCACAAUUCGAGGAUUUGGGCAAGAAAAGAGGUUCAUGAAGCGCAACCUUCAUCUUCUUGAUUGCUUUGCUCGCCCUUUCUUCUGCAGUCUUGCAGCAAUUGAGUGGCUCUGCCUACGCAUGGAGUUACUCUCAACCUUUGUAUUUGCUUUCUGCAUGGUUUUACUUGUGAGCUUUCCUCAUGGGAGUAUAGAUCCAAGCAUGGCAGGUCUGGCUGUGACUUAUGGCCUUAAUAUGAAUGCACGGUUAUCACGGUGGAUACUUAGCUUUUGCAAGCUUGAAAACAAAAUUAUUUCCAUAGAAAGGAUUCAUCAGUACUGCCAAAUCCCCAGUGAAGCUCUGCCAAUAAUUGAGAAUUCUCAUCCACCACUGUCGUGGCCAGAGAGCGGAACAAUUGAACUGAUUGAUCUAAAGGUUCGUUACAAGGAGAGCCUUCCUGUAGUGCUUCAUGGGAUCUCCUGCACCUUUCCUGGUGGAAAGAGGAUUGGAAUUGUUGGGCGUACUGGAAGUGGUAAAUCGACUUUAAUCCAGGCAUUAUUCAGAUUGAUUGAGCCAGCAGGGGGAAGAAUUAUCAUAGACAAUAUUGAUAUCUCAACAAUUGGCCUCCAUGACCUGCGCAGUCGUCUGAGUAUCAUACCCCAAGAUCCAACCUUGUUUGAAGGGACAAUUAGGGGAAAUCUUGAUCCCCUUAAGGAGUUUUCGGACCAAGAAAUUUGGCAGGCACUUGCUAAGUCCCAGCUUGGGGGGAUGGUUCAGCAGAAAGAGCUAAAGCUUGAUGCACCAGUUCUGGAGAAUGGAGAUAACUGGAGCGUUGGGCAGCGCCAACUUGUUUCUCUGGGUCGGGCUUUGCUUAAGCAGGCAAGGAUCCUGGUUCUUGAUGAAGCGACAGCUUCAGUUGAUUCAGCCACGGAUAACCUUAUUCAAAAGAUCAUACGAGAUGAGUUUAGGGACUGCACUGUUUGUACCAUUGCUCAUCGCAUCCCAACUGUCAUCGAUAGCGAUCUAGUUCUGGUUCUCAGUGAUGGUCGAGUUGCAGAGUUUGACACUCCAGCCCGGCUAUUAGAGGACAAGUCUUCCAUGUUCCUUAAGUUGGUAUCAGAGUACUCGUCUAGAUCAAGUAGCAUGGCGGAUUUCUGAACUAGACAAUAACAAAAUGCCAGGAAAACCCGAGUGACAGAACAAGAAUACAGCAGCGUGGCACAUCGAUCACUGGACCCGCCAAGACGUCGCUUCAGUCCGCAAAUCGAGUCUGGGGCAUCGGGGAAUGUGGCAUGCAGCAUGCUGUCAGAUCAGGAAACUUUUCCGAGCCGAAAUUUUAGCUCACAGUUCUUCCCCCUUUCAAGAGAAGAAUGGCAGCAUCCAUGGCAUACCCUGUUGCUAAAACACAGCUCCGGUGGCUGGUUGAUGGAUAGAAUAAAAGCUCGAGUUAGUCGAGUGGAUAGGGCGGCAUUCAAUCCGUAUCUUGGCAAUGUAUAAUAAAAGUAGAUUUUUUGCUUCCCUUAAUGCAGUAGGUUUUGGAAUUUUGUUAACUUCCUCGUACUUGUAGAGUGUUUGCUUAGACAGUUAUAAGGUUUCACGAAUA